AUGGACGCCCCCAGGGAGCCAGGAGCAGGCCCCCCUGGCGCCCCCGGCCCCUCAGACUCCUCUGCACCCGGGCACCCGGAGAGAGAAAAGCCGGCCCAGGACCCGCUGUACGACGUGCCGGGAGCCGGCGGGGGGCAGGCCGGUGGGCCCCGGCGGCCGGGGCGCGCGGUGAGCCUGCGGGAGCGCCUGCUGCUCACGCGGCCUGUGUGGCUGCAGCUGCCGGCCAACGCGGCCGCCGCGCUGCACGUGCUGAGGACCGAGCCCCCGGGGACGUUCCUGGUGCGGAAAUCUAACACCCGCCAGUGCCAAGCUCUGUGUGUCCGGCUGCCGGAGGCCGGUGGCCCUUCCUUCGUGUCCAGCCACUACGUCCAGGAGCGCCCCGGGGGCGUCUCCUUGGAGGGAUCUGAGCUCGUCUUCCCGGACCUCGUCCAGCUCAUCUGCGCCUACUGCCACACCCGGGACAUCCUGCUGCUCCAGCUCCAGCUCCCCCGCGCCAUCCGCCAGGCAGCCACCCACAAGGAGCUGGAGGCCAUCUCCCAUUUAGGCAUCGAGUUCUGGAGCUCCUCCCUCAACGCCAAGGCCCCGCCGGGCCCCUCCGAAGGCCCGCCGCUGCCCCGGCUGAAGCCGCGGUCCCCGCAAGAGCUGGACCAGGGCUCCGGGGCCGCCCUGUGCUUCUUCAACCCCCUGUUCCCGGGGGACCUGGGCCCCGCCAAGCGGGAGAAAUUCAAGAGGAGUUUCAAAGUGCGCGUGUCCACGGAGACCUCCAGCCCCCUGUCCCCGCCCGCCGUGCCCCCGCCCCCGGUCCCCGUGCCGCCCGGGGCCGCCUCCGGCCAGGCCACCGAGAGGAUGGCCCCUCGACAGCUGCUGAGGAGGGAGAGCUCAGCGGGGUACCGAGUGCCAGGGGGCGCCAGCGCCAGCCUCCCGCCCCUGCCCUCCCUCCAGGAGGUGGACUGCGGCUCCCCCAGCAGCUCCGAGGAGGAGGAGGGCGGGGUGCAGGGCUGUCCCGGGAGCCCGGCCACCUCCCCCCGCCUGAGCCGCAGGAGCCGGCGGCCCCUGCUGCGGUCGGUGAGCUCGGCCUUCUGCUCCCUGCUGGCCCCCGAGCGGCAGGCGGGCCGGGCGGCCGCGGCCCUGGUGCGGGACCGCCGCUCGGCCGCGGGCCAGCUGGUGCAGGACCUGCUGACCCAGGUGCGCGCCGGCCCCCGGCCCCAGGAGCUGCAGGGGAUCCGGGAGGCGCUGAGCAGGGCCCAGGUCAUGCUGAGCGCCGAGCUGGGCGCUGAGAAGCUGCUGCCGCCCACCAGGCUGGAGCGCGUCCUGGAGAAGUCGCUGCACCGCUCCGUGCUCAAGCCCCUCCGGCCCCUGCUGCUGGCCCGCCUGCGGCGCCGGCUCUCCGCCGACGGCUCCCUGGGCCGCCUGGCCGAAGGCUGCCGCCUGGCGCGGGCCCAGGGCCCCGCCGCCUUCGGGUCCCGCCUGAGCCUGCCGGCCCCGGCCGAGGUGGAGCAGGUGCGCCAGAAGCUGCUGCAGCUGCUCCGCACCUACGCCCCCAGCGCCCAGGUCAAGCGGCUCCUGCAGGCCUGCAAGCUGCUCUACACGGUCCUGAGGACCCAGCUGGGAGAGGGCGCGGGGGCGGACGACUUCCUCCCGCUGCUGAGCCUGGUGCUGGCCCACUGCGACCUCCCCGACCUGCUGCUGGAGGCCGAGUACAUGUCUGAGCUGCUGGAGCCCGCCCUGCUCACCGGAGAGGGCGGCUACUACCUGACCAGCCUCUCGGCCAGCCUGGCCCUGCUGAGCGGCCUGGGCCGGGCCCCCGCGCUGCCCCCGAGCCCCUCGCAGGAGCUGCAGCGCGCCCUCAGCCUGUGGGAGCAGCGCCGUCCGCCCGCCACCCGCAGCCUCCAGCACCUCCUCCGGGUGGCCUACCAGGACCCCGGCAGCGGCUGCACCUCCAAGACCCUGGCCGUGCCCCCUGGGGCCUCGAUUGCCGCCCUGAACCAGCUCUGUGCUGCCAAGUUCCGGGUGGCCCAGCCGGAUGCCUUUGGCCUCUUCCUGUACCAGGAGCGGGACUACCGCCGCCUGCCCCCCGGAGCCCCGGCCCACCGGCUGCCCACGGCUGGCUACCUCGUCUACCGCCGCUGGGCGGAGCGGCCGGACACCCUGGCGGCCUCCCUUGGGGGAGCAGCGGAGGCGGGCAGCGGGGAGCCAGAGGCGGGAGGCGGGGAGGAGGAGGGGGGCAGGGAGAUGGGGGCAUCGCCGGCAAAGCCAGACCCUGUGACAACUGCUGGGCAGGAGGAGAGCCAGGCCGGGGGAGGGCCAGCUCCGCCAGGCGCGCCGGAGGCUGAGGGAGGCCCGGCAGCAGAGGAGUAG